AACAACGGCCGCAACAAGAAUGGACGCGGCCACGUGAGUUUUGUGCGCUGCUCAAACUGCUCGCGAUGCGUCCCCAAGGACAAGGCUAUCAAGCGAUUCACUGUCCGUAACAUGGUUGAGACGGCGGCGGUGCGUGAUAUCAGCGAGGCUAGCGUGUACCAUGGCAAGUUUCACUUGUUCUCAUACUACGUCAUUCCCAAGCUCUACAUCAAAAUUGCGUACUGUGUUUCGUGCGCCAUCCACUCUCAUGUCGUCCGUGUUCGUUCGCGUGAGGGUCGCCGUAACCGUGCGCCCCCUCCCCGUGUCCGGUGGAAGGAUGGCAAGAAGGUCAACCCUGCUGUCGCUGCUGCCGAGGAGGCUAAGGCUGCCGCUGCACGGGGGCAAUAG